AUGUCGAACUCUGACAAGGAAACCGCUAUUCAGCACGAUGAAGCUAUGGCUGACAUACAACCGCAGAAGACGGUCGAUACCGUGCACAAAGAUGAGGCCAUGAAGGUUUUGGCAGCUUACCAGGGCGAUGAGUUGUGGACUGAUGAGGAAGAAAAGAGGCUGCGUCGUAAGAUUGAUUGGAGGCUCAUGCCUGUUCUCUGCGCGACAUACAUGCUGCAGUACUAUGACAAGGCCAUGCUUUCUCAAGCGGCCAUAUUCGGGCUGAGACAGGACCUUGGCCUCCUCACUGGAGAUCGAUACGCCAUGUCCGCAUCCAUCUUCUAUCUCGGCUUUAUCGUCGGGGCCUACCCAUGCAUGAUACUCGCACAGCGAUAUCCGAUCGAACGAGUUGCUUCUGGGAUUGUUACCAUCUGGGGUGUCUGCUUGAUCUUGACGGUGAUCUGCAAAGACUACAGGGCGCUCUAUGCACAGCGAUUCUUCCUCGGAUUCUUGGAGAGUGGCAUCAGCCCUAUGUUCAUGAUGAUUGUCGGGAGCUUCUAUAAGAAGAAUGAACAAGCCAUGCGUAUGGGCAUUUGGUACAGCUGUACCGGUUACGUCUCCAUCAUUUCUCCUCUUAUCAACUAUGGCUUUGGCCUCAUCAACGGCGGUGUUUCCUCUUGGAAAUACAUGUACUACUUUGCCGGUGCCCUCACUGUUGUAUGGGGCAUCAUACUCGUCUUUGUGUUGCCUCCUGAUCCAGUUCGAGCGAAAGGAUUUAACGAACGAGAACGAUAUAUCCUCGUCGCUCGACUCAAGACGAAUAAUUCUGGUGUUCGCAAUACUCACCUCAAGGUUGCUCAGAUCUGGGAGCUCCUGCUAGAUACCAAAUUCUGGGUCGUCUUCUCCAUCGCCUUCUUGUCCAUGAUUGCCAAUGCUCCAAUCUCGACCUUUGUCCCUAUUAUCAUCAAUGGAUUCGGGUUCAGCACUCUAAACUCGCUACUGCUCAUGAUGCCAUGUGGUCUGUAUGCUGGCACACUUCAGCUGCUCAUGCCCUACCUGGCCUUCAGAUACAAGAAUAUCAGGACGUAUUUGGUAUUCAUCGCUCAAUUGGGCACCGUCCUAGCUUCUCUUCUGCUCUGGCAACUGCCUCAAUCGGCAACGGGUGCCCUUCUGUUUGCUGUUUAUAUUCUGCCCUCUCUUGGUGGCGGUUAUGCUGUGCUGAUGGGCCUGCAAAUUGCCAACACCGCGGGAUAUACUAAACGCUCUGUCGCAUCUUCCGGCCUCUACAUCGGUUACUGCUUGGGUAAUUUCGUCGGGCCCUUGUGCUUCAAAAAGGAAGACGCGCCUCGAUAUGUGCCAGGAUUUAUUGUCGUGGUUGUCACAGCUAUUAUCGCUGCCUUGCUAGCCCUCGUGUACCGCGUCAUGUGCAUGUGGACCAACAAGCGACGCGACAAGGCUGGCAUCAUGGAGGGAUUCGAUCACGCGUAUGAGGAUGACCUCACUGAUAAGAAGAAUGAGCAAUUCCGUUACAUUCUCUAA